AUAGUACCAGUGAGUGUCCCGCCGUUGAGGGAGACUGCCGACCCAGACAUGAAUUCAUCUCACAGUUUCGAUCUUGAUACAGAGAGCACAGAUGGCGACGAAAACGAAAAGCGCGGGAAUUGGUCUAAUCAGUGUGACUUCUUUUUGUCUUGUCUUGGCUACGCUGUCGGCCUUGGCAACCUGUGGCGCUUCCCUUUCUUGUGCUUUAAGAACGGAGGCGCCGUGUUUCUGAUUCCAUACGCAAUUUGCCUCUUAUUAAUCGGGAUGCCAAUGUUUUUGCUGGAAUUGUACCUCGGGCAGUUCUCCAGCAGUGGACCGCUAACAGUGUGGAGAUUCUCGCCCAUGUUUAAAGGUAUCGGGAUAGGUAUGAUGGUGACUUCGUCACUGAUUGCAAUCUACUAUAACAUCGUGAUGGCUUGGGCGCUGUAUUACCUGUUUGCUUCCUUCACCAGUAAACUACCUUGGCAGGACUGCGGAGACUGGUCGUCUGAUACGUGUCUCACCAAGCUUCCAGACAUCUCAGGCUGUAACACAACUCUCCAGGAAGUGCCUUACCCCAAUGGCACGUGUUACAACGCCAACGGUACUCUGCUGGGGGUCUAUAACGACACCUUGCUGAAACAGUACAAUAUUACACGAUCUUCAGCCGCGGAGGAGUAUUUCUUUAACACGGUGCUUCAGUUAGGGUCGGGCUUGGAUUCAUUCAGCGACCUGACCGGUAUCAGCUGGCAGCUCAGUCUGUGUCUCCUUCUUGCCUGGAUUAUCGACUUCGUCUGUCUGUUCAGAAGUGUGAAAUCAUCAGGAAAGGUCGUUUAUUUCACAGCCAUAUUCCCAUACGUGGUGUUGUUAAUACUGUUGAUUCGCGGCACUCUGCUGCCAGGCUCACGUAGUGGCGUGGAAUGGUACAUCGCCAAGGCAGACAUCAGUAAACUUAGGACUCCUGAAGUAUGGUUAGAUGCCAUUACGCAGAUAUUUUUCUCCCUGUCAGCGUCACUCGGUGGACUUCACGCACUCUCUAGUUAUAAUAGGUUCCACAAUAACUGUUUGAGAACUUGUGCUCUCCACUAA